GGGAGCUGCGGGAUCCCCCGUCUGCCGCCGCAGUUGGGGGCGGAGGGGCCUAGGGCUGGGACGCUCCCGGCUCGGGGGAGCCCGGGACGGGACUCACAGGCUUCCCCGGACGGGGCAAGGGCUGGCCCGAGGGUACGCCGCGGGGGUCCCGGCGGGGCAGAGCCCCCCACGCCGAGGUGUCGCAGUCCCGCGGUGGGGCCGGCCUGGCUGGGGCAGGGAGCGACGGCCGGCAGAGCCGUGCCGUCGGGGUUCGCCCCGAGGGGCCGGGCGGGAGGCGGGAAAAGGGGGCUGCCCCGGCCGCGUCUCUGCGCCCCUCUGUCACUUCUGCCUGCUUCUCCGGCUCCAAUCACCGCACUUGGCCGCGUUGCUUAAAUAUGCAGCGGAUACGUCAUCUCCGAAGGUGGAUCGGGCGUAAGUGCCCAAUAUCUAUAUAAAUGUGGCCGAGGGGCGCACCGGCAGCAGGAGGGGAGCGGAGCUGUGCGUGCAGCAGCCGGCAAGACCAGCCGCGGAGUGUCCGCUGCCGGUAGCGGAAUCGCGGGGCGCCCCGCCCGCCGUGUUUGACAGCCGCCGGGGCAGCUUCCCCGGGCCACCCGCGGCCCCGAGCCCUCGGGGCGGGGACCCGCCACCGCCCGCGCCCGCCCCGUCUCCCGCUGCCCGGGAGCAGGAUGCCGGCGGGGCUCUCCUGGCCCGAAGCGGCCGCACUGGCCCUGCUGGCCCUGGCGCUGCUGGUCACCCUGUGCCAGCACCUGUGGGCGCUGCGCUGGAGCCUCAGCCGGGACCGCACCAGCGCUCUGCCCCUGCCCAAGGGUUCCAUGGGCUGGCCCUUCUUCGGGGAGACCCUGCACUGGCUGCUCCAGGGCUCCCGCUUCCACAGUUCCCGUCGGGAGAGGUACGGAAAUGUUUUCAAGACCCACCUCCUGGGCCGUCCAGUGGUGCGUGUGACGGGCGCUGAGAAUAUUCGCAAGAUCCUGCUGGGUGAGCACACGCUAGUCAGCACGCAGUGGCCCCAGAGCACGCAGAUCAUCCUGGGCUCCCACACUCUACUUGGCUCCAUUGGUGACCUGCACCGCCAGCGCCGCAAGAUCCUGGCCAGAGUGUUCAGCCGUGCUGCCCUGGAAAGCUACCUGCCACGGAUCCAGAAGGUUGUGAGCUGGGAGCUGCAGGGCUGGUGCAUGGAGCCAGGCUCCAUCGCAGUUUAUUCCUCCGCUAAAACCUUAACUUUCCGCAUUGCAGCUCAGAUUCUACUGGGGCUCCGCCUGGAGGAAAAGCAGUUCAAGGACCUGGCCAGAACCUUUGAACAGCUGGUGGAGAACCUCUUCUCCCUGCCCCUCAACAUACCCUUCAGCGGUCUGCGCAAGGGAAUCAAAGCGCGGGAUAUGCUGCAUGAGUUUAUGGAGAAGGCUAUACAGGAAAAACUGAAGAGAAACAACACAGAAGAUCACAGUGAUGCUCUGGAUUUCAUAAUAAACAGUGCCAAGGAGCAUGGCAAAGAGUUCACCAUGCAGGAGCUAAAGGAGUCAGCGAUUGAGCUCAUAUUUGCUGCUUUUUUCACCACGGCUAGUGCCAGCACCUCUCUGAUCCUCCUGCUACUGAAGCACCCCUCAGUGACUGAAAAAAUAAGGCAGGAGCUGAUGUCCCAUGAGCUGUACCAGCAGUGUGAGUGCUGCCCUGCGAGACCCUGCCCAGACACCCUGACCGCCCAGAGCAAGGACAAUGAGAAGGCGCUUCUCCACCCCACGGCCAAAGAUGCUCGCAAGGACCAAAGCCAGCCCCUGGGCCCAAGAGAGGAAGGUUCCCCCCAGCUCUGCACCCCACCAAAGCCCACCCUUCCCCAGAGCAGUCUCUGCACUGGCCCCCAGCUCCCGGCACUGUCAGGCCAGAGCUGUCACUGCCCCUCAGGCAUCAACCUGGAGAAGCUGAGCCGCCUGAGCUACCUGGACUGUGUGAUUAAGGAGGUGCUGAGGGUGCUGCCCCCUGUCUCCGGAGGCUACAGGACAGCACUGCAGACUUUUGAGCUGGAUGGUUACCAGAUCCCCAAAGGCUGGAGUGUCAUGUACAGCAUCCGUGACACGCAUGAGACGGCCACUGUUUACCAGAGCCCCCACAGCGGCUUUGACCCAGACCGCUUCAGUGCUGCCGGGACAGAGGCCACAGGCCGCUUUCACUACAUCCCCUUUGGUGGUGGGGCACGGAGCUGCAUCGGCAAGGAGCUGGCACAGGCCAUCCUCAAGCUGCUGGCCAUCGAGCUGGUCAGCACGGCCCGCUGGGAGCUGGCCACCCCCAGCUACCCCACCAUGCAGACCGUGCCCAUCGUGCACCCUGUUGAUGAUGGGCUGCAGCUCUACUUCCACCCCUUGCAGGCCAGCUGUGGCAGUGACGCCUGAGCCAGGGGUACGCUGCCCCCUCAGCCCUGGUGUCAGUGCCCCUCCACAGCUGCCAGGGGCAGGUCUCUGCUGCCCCAGGCAGGGUAUGGCAUUGGGUCACUGCAGAGCAAAAACCCAAAGGUCUUUUUAUUUUUCCACUCCUGGUGUGCAAGCCAGUAGGAAGGGUCCUGUAGAGUCCUGCUCCUGACCAUCAGGAUGAGCCUCAGCCCUAGCCUGGGGGAAAAGCCCGCCCGAUGGGGGCUCAGUCAGCCCCUACCCCACAUGCGUCUCCAGCUGCUGGAGAUGGGGAGGAAAACUGCCAGCCCCACAGCUAAGCUUCCCAGAGCUUUUCUGUCCCAGGAUUAUCUCCUGUGGGUGGGUUAUAGGAGUGGCAGGAUGAACAUCCUGCACACUGUAGCUUUUUAGAUGUAAAAAGGGGAAAGAUGGGACGGAUCUGCAGGAAAACGCAAACUGGGGCUGCCCAAUCCACAGCAUCAGCUGUAGCUAGGAUAAUAGAGUGUGAAGUGGAUUUUAUUGUAAAUAUUUAAUCUCAUCCCAGCAUUUCCCAUUAGAGACAGUGCAAAGAGGACAUGGCUCAUUCAUCCAGUAGUGGUAGCUGUGUAUGUUGUGCCUGAGCACUGUGCUGCUGCUUGGGGUCUGCCAUGAAGCCCCACUCUGGAGUCCCUGCAGGAUGAGUUCCCCAGCUGCAGACUGACUGAGGGAUCAGACUGAAGCAGGGGAAGGAGCUUUGGGGAAUAAACAUUUGGAAAAUGCACGUUUCUGAGUACGUCUGAUUGCUGGUAGAAAGUCCCCUGUUCCUGAUGAUGCUGUUCACAUUGCAGAGGGGCCAUUUGCAAGGUGCCACAGGCCCCAUGGUGGCUGGCUGGUCAUACUGAUUGUGUCACCUCCCACAGCCUAGCUCUGCCAGGGAAAGUGUCAGGACAACAGUUCUAUGGGUCCACCUAGGGGGUGGUACCUGGGGCUAAGCCUAGGUAUUGAGGGCACCUUUUCAGUUGGCUUUUGAGUACCACCUGCCUUACUGAGACACGGAGUAUUUCUCUCCUAUGUAAAAUGAAGCGAGUCCUGUUGCUUGUGCACUGAGAACAGAGCUGGCCCCACGUCCUUGCUCCACUGCAAUGUGUUUACAAGCUCCUUUCAGCUUCACCUCUGUCCCCACUGUCGUGCAUCCUGCAUGGAAGCAGUAGAGGAAAUCAUCCAUCUUGGCCCUGUAGUGCAUCCUGAGCCUGGUGGUGCAGCGUGGUUUGUGUGAAGAACCAGCAGCAGCAAGGGCAGAAAUGUGGCACAAGGAUAGUCCCUUUGGAAGGGCUCUGGGCACCUCCCCUGUCCCCUGAAACUCCGUCAUUGUCUUGCUUCAGUGCCAAGCUACAAAUUACCUCGCCCUGGCCAGUCCCCCUUACACGUCCAUGCUGGAGCACUGCAGCAGGUGUGUGCUGCUGUGAGCUGUCAGAGGGCUGCACAGCGAGCACAACGCUACCUGGGGCAGAAAUUUGGCUUCCAAAUAUGACAGGUCAAAUCUGGAAGAGGUUGAACUGCAGGGCUUAGCUAAGUGCUGCUGGCAGGUCGACCCCGUAGUGAACCAGAGCCUCUGCCCCUCCUGACCUUGUCCUGAAAGGUGAAUCUUUCUGGCUAUCAGAGGUGAAAUCAGUAGGUGGUGGCUGCAAGUGGCAAUGACUAACUUUAAUUAGCAGGAGGUGCUGGUGUGGUUGUGACCCGCGGGCAAUGCAGGCUCCCACCAAAGGCAGGGCUGCGGGCAGGGCUGGGCCUGCAACACCCAGCACCAGAUACGGGAAGGCUGGGCCUCCUCCAGAAACAUGAUUAAAAAUUACCCCGAGCUCUAACGAGACCCGUAGCCACCCGCUGAAAAAUGUAACAUGAAUAUAGUUUAAAACAAAACGAACCCACUGAAACAAAAACCACCACCCCCCCCCAACCAACAACCACAAAAUCAACAAUCACAAACCAAACAACAAAAACCCAAAACAUACUUGAAACUGAUUUUGUUUGCGGAUAAACACGAGCAUUUACAAACGAAGUGUAAUAAUUGUUAUUUGUAAUCAAAUUUUGUUCAUAUUAGGCUGUUAAUUUCUUGACCUCCUUCCAAGAUGUUUUUAAUUAUCCCUUUCACUCUUUACCAUUUGCUUCUUUUCGAGCCGAUGGCUGCAGAAUACACAGCUGGGGAGAUAAUAAAGGCUUCCUGUGGCAAUUA